ACUAACCUAACCAGCUGCCUCUCCUAAGCUAUCCGCCGUCGCCGUCGCCGUCGCCGUCGCUCUCCUCUCUCCUCCGAGCCGCUGCUCCCUCUCCCCUGCGCGCCGCCACUGUGGGCAUCUACACCGCUGCCGCUCUCCUCUCUCCUCUGUGCCGCAGCUCUUCUCUCUCCCUCUCCCCUGCGCGCCGCCACUGCGGGCACCCUGCACGCCGCCACUGCGGGCACCCUGCACGCCGCCGCUGCGUGGCCCUACACGCCACCGCUACGGGUGCCCUACGCGCCGCCGUCAUUGCUCCAGCUCUUCUCUCCUCUGUUUCCCAGCCAAUGCCGCCGCUCUAACUCCCCAAGGCAUCGCCCCGACGACGGCUCAACGACGCCCCGUCGACGCCUCGCGGACGCCCUGCGCCGCAGCGGGCGCUUUACGCUCCAUGGCAAGGCGCGUUAGAUGCCUCAGGUUCCACGCGCGCCUUAGCGCCUAAGCGACGCUAAGGUACCGGCAUCUGGGCCAAUUCGCCCCACUAGGAGGGAAACAAACUGCUGCACAACUUCCCGGGGACUGGAUCUCCAUUGGCCACAGCACCCAGUGGCUCUGGUACUCCGUGUACGCAACCUGCUUCCAUUAAGAAUUGGUCAUCAUGGCGUGGGAGCUCAUUGAAGUUCCGGGCAACUUGAAUCCCUCUCUCAAAGACUCUUCAGUUGAUGUGGUGGCCGCCAAGAUUGAUCCCAAGUUAGCCAAUACUCUCAUUAGGCAGUUAAGCCAGGUGUGCCCUUUGGAGAAUCUGAGGCAUGUAAAGCGUGUACGUCGACGUACUGAAUGUGGUGGAAAAUCUGAGUUAUCAAUAAUCCUAUGUGUUUCUACUGGGUCUGAAACUUGUAACAUACAGUUCUCUGAAGAUCUACAGAAGAUAGUGGAUACUUAUCAGCUGAGUCCUUUCACCGCAAAAGUUGCCAGGUGUUGUGCUACAUCAAAAGAGGAGUGGGAGGAACAGUGCAAACUUUGGCCAACAUCUUACCAUCCUGCACAUGACCUUGGUAUUGUCCGUGGAUUUCAAGAGGAGGAAUUACCAUCAAUAUUUAAUUGCAUGAAGGCUGCUAUUCAGUUAUCAAAGGCAGGCAAUGCUGCAAUCAUUGUUGAUCCAUCAAGCAUGCAAAUAGUUGCAAAGGCCACUGACCAUACACACAAGCAUGAUACGGCUGAAGAAGGGAACACAUUUUCUGAAGCGAAUGCAGAUGUUACCUGCCCUUGGAAUACAUCGACUGAUGAUGACAACAAUCUGUCACUUCCAGGAUCCUUUCUUCCUAAACUCAACAGUUUGAACAUGGAAAUCCCAUGUAUAAAUCCUUGGGGAUGGAUGAAAAAAAGGACUUGUGAGCAGAAGCCAUCGCCAUGGGAUGGCUGUUCUGCAUGGCAUCCUCUGAGACAUGCUCCCAUGGCUGCCAUUGAAAAUGCUGCUGAGAGGGACAGAACGAUGUUUCCUUCUUCGAUUUCAAUAACCAAGCCAGAUUCAGAUGGCAGUCCCGAGAACUGCUGCGACAAUGAACCAGCAAAAAGGCUGAAGACGGAUACAAAAGAUAAUGAGAAACCGGCAUCUGAAUCAUCUGGUGGCGACCUGUUUGAGACCAGCAGACCAUAUCUCUGCACAGGGUUUGAUAUCUACCUUGUUUGGGAACCAUGCACAAUGUGUGCGAUGGCGCUUGUGCAUCAUAGGUUCAAGCGCGUGUUCUACGCCUUCCCCAAUCCUGUGGCCGGAGCACUCGGUGGAGUCUACAGGUUGCAUGGGGAGAGGAGUCUAAACCAUCACUAUAAUGUGUUUAGGGUUUCAGUACCUGAGGCGUACUUGAAUGGGUUGAACUGUUAUUCGAAGGAAUGCUGAUCCAACACCUUUCCGUUUUUAUUUAGAAAAAAAGAGGAUCCAAGACUGUUUUCCUUUUUUUUUUAUUUUUGGCACAAGGGCUUCAUAUUAGGCCUAAACUUGCCCAUCUGUAUUAUUAAAUGUUUUGGUAACAAAUGUGUUUAUGGAUGUAAACGUUGGUGCUAUUUUUUUAUUAGUUUACUUAAAUUUAAUGAAAUAUGAUCGGUUUCAA